AUGGAGGCAUAUUUAAUGCAUGGGAGGAAAUUCGAUCAAAACCCAUACUCAUCCCAUCACAAAUCCCACAUCAUGACAGCAAAAAACCCUCCAAAUACCCAGCCGCCGCCACCACCGUUGUUUUACCCGAGAUUAUUAUUACCCUCCGAUGACAUUUUCUCGCCAAAUUUCCAGCCGCCGGCACUCCUACAGACACUACCACAACCCCUUCUCCCGGUCCGCUCUUACCCUCCUCCGCAGCCGCCCCACAUUUUCCCCGGCCGCCCUUACCCGCUCCGCCAGCCGCCCCUCCUCCCUCUCCCGGCCGCCGCCCUCCGCCGCAGCUCCUCCACCCCUCCGGCGGCCAAUAGAAGCAUCAACAGAUCUCCGAACCCCAAAAAGGAAAAGAAAAAAUUACCUAAAAAAUCUCCCUCUCCUUGUUCCGGCACCGCCGCAAGACCCAGCCCGAAUGGGCCGGCGUCGAGGGAUUUCCGGGCCGGGGCGAAGGGCAAUUUCGGUAUUAACAAGAAGAACGCCGAGAACACAAAUUGUAAUCAGGUGGAAAUAUUUAGUCCGAGUUGCGUGGCGUCUCCGCCGCCGAGUAGCUUGCCUUUGCCGAGUUUUUGUCUGAGGCAUAACAGUAUGGUGAUGGGCUGCAACGGCGUGAAUGACGGCGGAGCAAGUGACAGUCUCAAACAGAUUCUCAGGCUCAAGUAA